AUCGCACGUAACAGAGGAGUUCAGGUCAAUCCAUGCGUGGAUUUUUUCGAGUUCACAUGUGGCAAAUGGAUCACCGCUCAUCCGAUUCCUGAUGAUAAGGAGCGGUAUGCAAGAUCAGAUGUACUAUUCGAAAAAGUUCAGGAGCAGAUGAAAGAAAUCACACGUAACAGAGGAGUUCAGGUCAAUCCAUGCGUGGAUUUUUUCGAGUUCACAUGUGGCAAAUGGAUCACCGCUCAUCCGAUUCCUGAUGAUAAGGAGCGGUAUGCAAGAUCAGAUGUACUAUUCGAAAAAGUUCAGGAGCAGAUGAAAGAUGCAUUCGAGUCGCCAGAAACCUUCGCUUCUAAAUCCAUGAACGCCCGUGAAGUCUAUGUACCACAAAUGUAUGGACAAGAAGGAACUGACCAGGAUCGGGUCCAGCAGCUGCUACAGACUAUUAGGAAUUACGGUGUGUGGCCAAUGGUAGAUGGCGACGACAGAUGGCGAACUGAAAAUUUUGAUUUGACGUCGUUGAUGGCUCACGUUUACAGCAGAAGAAUGGUCAUGGUCUUUGUUGAUCACUCUGUUACGAUUGACGACAAGAACUCCUCGAGAUUCAUUAUGCAGGUGAGAACAAUCAGCGCGGGCUGCAACUGA